UAUGAUCUCUAGACAACAUAAAUACUGCAGCAGUGACAUUUCUGUGAACUGGACUGUCUAAAAUAUUAUUUUUUAUACAUCUCGACACCAAUUACAGCAAUGGCAACAUUGAUUGGAGGUCCAUCCGCGGUGAUGCAAGCCACACCCGAAGUGCAGAAGAUCUGCGAUGAGAUCAAACAUCAUGCAGAAACGAAGGCAGGGAAGAAGUUUGCUGUUUUCGUCGCCAAAUCUUUCACCACUCAGGUCGUGGCCGGGACCAACUACUUUAUCAAGGUAAAUGUUGGAGGCGAUGAAUUCGUUCAUCUGAGGGUUCAUAAGUCGCUUCCUCACACUGGACAAAAACUGCAUCUGGAAAGCAUCCAGACAUUGAAAACUCAACAGGAUCUUAUUGAAUACUUCUAAUGCAUGCACACAGAUAAUAAAAUUCCAUACUGUUUGUAUACAAAAUAGGUUGAUAUGUGUGAUAUAUAUUUCAAUAAUGCUGUUAUAAAAGCUUUAUUCAGUUCUACACCAUCAAAUGAUCUCCAGUCCAGUGCCUACUGUAUCUAGAGGAGUUUUAUAAGACCAGCACAGCUUUGUUUUUGACAAACAUUAUA